GAGAGAAUUAAGGAGCAUGAAUCUUGUUUUGCACAUGAAUGAAAUUGCAUUAUUGGACACCAUCAUUAUAAAACAGAUGUAAAGGCAUUUCCGGUUUCGGGACUAUGCCUUUUCCGCCCUGAUGCCCUUGUAGCUAUGGAAACGUCCACCAGCCUGUUCACCCCUUCAGACCAGGCACUGCGUGUGAUGUAGCUAGGGAGAUGGUUUAUGUGUGCCAGAAUUACCGAUAAAUCAGACGUUUCAAGAUGGCGUUACAACGACUGAUGUCUUUUUUCAUCCUUUACUCGAUUCUUGGCUACAUUCCAUCACUUGGGGUAAUCCUCCGAACCACAGACAAGACUGUGUGGGCAAAUGAAUUUGAACCUAUUGAGUUGACCUGCUUGAUAGAGUCCAUCUCAACAAACAACCCCAGAAUCGAAUGGAAGAAAAUCCAAAACGGCGUCCCUAGUUAUGUGUACUUUCAAAAUCAAAUUUCGGGGGACUUGGAGCACAGAGCCCAGCUGAUCCAGCCGGCUAACCUACUGAUCCUCAACACCAGCCGUGCAGACACUGCAGAGUACCGCUGUGAGGUCGCUGCCAUUGAUGACCACAAACACUUUGAUGAAAUUCUAAUCAGUCUUGCUGUCAGGGUAAAGCCUGUGGUGCCCAGGUGCAGUGUGCCUGUGGCGGUGACUGUUGGCACGUCCUCUGAGCUGCGCUGCCUGGAGAACGAGGGCUUCCCUGCUUCACAGUACCGCUGGUUCCGCAACAACGAGGAGCUUCCCCAGGACCCAAAGAGCAGCCCCAAGUUUAUCAACUCCACCUACUCCAUUAACGCUGACACGGGUGGUCUGAAAUUCCGCCGGAUGAGGAAGGAGGAUGCGGGGGAGUAUUACUGCCAGGCAAAGAAUGUAGCUGGACAUGCACAGUGUCCCACACAGCUGAUGGACGUCUAUGAUGUCGACAUUGUGUGGAUUUUCCUGAAGGUGUUGGCGGCAUUGGCUGGAUUCAUUGUUGUGAUGGUGGGGGUUUGUCAUGCACACAAACAUCGCUGCUUCUCUUCCGGCAAGGAUCUCACAGGAACCAACUACAAACUUCCAGCGCAGGAUGAUGGCGUUGACUAUGCCGAAGCAGAUGAGGGUCACUUCCGUCACAAAUCAUCAUUUAUCAUUUGACAUCUGAGAUAGAGGAGACACACUAAAGAGGAGACACACUGAAGAGGAGACACACUGAAGAGGAGACACACUGAAGAGGAGACACACUGAAGAGGAGACACACUGAAGAGGAGACACACUGAAGAGGAGACACACUGAAGAAGAGACACACUGAAGAGGAGACACACUGAAGAAGAGACACACUGAAGAGGAGACACACUGAAGAGGAGACACACUGAAGAGGAGACACACUGAAGAGGAGACACACUGAAGAGGAGACACACUGAAGAAGAGACACACUGAAGAGGAGACACACUGAAGAGGAGACACACUGAAGAGGAGACACACUGAAGAGGAGACACACUGAAGAAGAGACACACUGAAGAGGAGACACACUGAAGAGGAGACACACUGAAGAGGAGACACACUGAAGAGGAGACACACUGAAGAGGAGACACACUGAAGAAGAGACACACUGAAGAGGAGACACACUGAAGAGGAGACACACUGAAGAGGAGACACACUGAAGAGGAGACACACUGAAGAGGCGACACACUGAAGAGGAGACACUCUGAAGUCAAAAGAGUGUCAAAUCCCAUAAUGGGGCUUCGUGUGAGAAAUUUGAGCUGUAACAUUGCACAUGAACCUACAAGCUUGCCAAAGUUAUCAUAAUGAAAAAGAUCAAUCAUUAUUUCAAUUUUGCUUUCUGAUAGGCAACUGCAACGUCAUGUCCCUGUUAGUACACUGUUGACUUUUUUUGUAGCACAAAUAUGUUUCGUCCUCGGUCAUUACUGUAACUAAUUACAGUACAAUUUUUUUAAAGCUGUGACUUUUGAACUUCCACCAGCAUGUUCAUCUUAACUGACGCUGGAACAUUCCCCCAUACUGUUUUUAGACAAACAAGGUUUUUUACUUCCUAAAAUUUCUACAAAGUACAACAAACCUGUUUUAAAAAAAACAGUAUUUCAUUACCUCUGAAUGCAAGCUGGACUAGUUUAUGUUAAUAUGAAGGUAGGUUGUGUCAAUAGUUUUAUAUACACUACCGUUCAAACGUUUGGGGUCACUUAGAAAUGUCCUUGUUUUUGAAAGAAAUCAAAUUUUUU